GGUAUUGUGGGGACGCGGAGAAUCCUAAAAUGGCGGAUCUAGCAAACGAAGAGAAACCUGCCAUUGCUCCACCUGUUUUUGUAUUCCAGAAAAACGAGAAAGGACAGAAGGAAAAACUUGAACCAAUGACCUCAACCACACCGCCGUCAAACAAGAGGCCAGUAGAUGCCUCAAGUCCUGAAGACGCAGAAGAUUCUGACAGAGAUGAUGGUAACUAUCCUCCACCUGUGAAAAGAGAGAGAUCAUCAUCUUUUACACAGGUGUUCCCACCUGCGCAGCCAGUUCCAAAGAAUAAUGUCUUUAUGCCAUUGAGUUUCUGCCAGGCAGCGGCCAGCAACUCUGACUCGGAACCAGACGAGAAGAAUGUUGGCUUUCGGCUGAAACCUCCAACUUUAAUCCAUGGCCAGGCUCCCAGUGCUGGUCUUCCUAGUCAGAAGUCCAAGGAGCAGCAGCGGAGCGUCCUACGUCCAGCUGUCCUGCAGCCACCCCAGCAGAAGUCCUUUACACAAAACGUUGCCAGCAGUGGCACCAAUGGUGUGAGCAAACAAACCGAAGAAGGUAUCACAGCCCCUUCUGUAACUCUGAACAACACAUCAGAUGAAGAGACGACACCAAUCAACAGUUCUGCAGCCACACCUAGUUAUAUGGAGAAUACAAAGCUAGCUGAAUCGUCAGAGUCCAAGAGCAGCUGUGAAGUAGAUGAGAAGGAAGAAAAGUUGGAUAGCCAGGAGCAACCCGAACAGCUUAUGGAACAGACGAACUUCGUGUUUGGGGAAAAUCUUCAAGACAGAGUGAAGAUGAUGGAGGGCAGUGAUUUUACAUGUCCUCUGAAGCAAAGUUCUGCGGAUGGAGAAACAUUGCCAGCAACCAACUACUUCCUCCAGUACAUCAAACAAAACACGGCAAAUCUGUUGGACUCUGGAGAAAAUGCAGAUAGUAAUGCACGAAGUGCCAAGUUUGUGUUUGGGGAGAACAUGAGUGAGCGGGUAUUGAGCUUACCACGAGCAGGUGAUGUGAGCAUUGAAAGCAACAAAGAGCAGCUAUUUGGAGAAAAUGUACCUGUUCCAUCAGGAUCUCUUCCUGAACCAUUACCGGAAGCUACAUCUGAGAAAGCUACUGACUGGUUAGCAAACAAUGUGACUGAAUCACUAGAGGAAUCAGCAGCUGCUUACACCAAAGCAACAGCCAAGAAAUGUUUGUUGGAAAAGGUGGAAGUUAUCACUGGUGAAGAAGCUGAGAGUAAUGUCCUGCAGAUUCAAUGCAAGUUAUUUGUGUUCGACAAGACAUCACAAUCCUGGGUAGAAAGGGGAAGAGGUCUCUUGAGACUCAACGAUAUGGCAUCUGCUGAUGAUGGAGCCUUGCAGUCAAGGCUAGUGAUGCGGACUCAGGGCAGCCUUCGAUUAAUUCUAAAUACUAAACUCUGGGCCCAGAUGCAAAUUGAUAAAGCAAGUGAGAAGAGCAUUCGAAUCACAGCCAUGGAUGCUGAGGACCAGGGUGUCAAAGUCUUUCUCAUAUCGGCCAGUUCAAAGGAUGCAGGGCAGCUAUAUGCAGCACUACAUCACCGCAUUUUGGCAUUGCGAAGUCGUUGUGAGCAGGAGCCAGAACCUCCAUGCAUAGUCUCAGAGGCAGGGGUAACACAGUCAAAUGAGGAAGAUAGUGAUGAUGACGAUGAGGUUAUUGUUCCUGCAACAGCAACAAGUGGCCCAUGUGACACAGAUGACAAACAGACUACAGGAAGCACAUAGCAACAUUGGAACUAAUCCGCUUGCAAGGUUUCUGCUCCAGGGUCUCGCAGGCACCUCUGUGGACACCCCAGACCAGUGUUUUUUUUAGGCAGUGUUGAAGAUGAACUCCAGACUGGGCCCAGCACAGCUCACUGGCGGCCUGUGCCUUCCUAUUCUUGUGUUUUGUCUGAAUUAAUGGAUUUCACACCGUUAAACUGAGAAGCUGCUGAUUUUCAGUUUGGGAUGCAGAGUCUCAUCAUAUUGAUGAGUGAAACUUGCUCUCUGUCUCUAGAAUAACUCAGCAAGGCACUUCAAUUUUCCCAUGGGACUUGUCUAUUCAGUACAGCCAGUGUGCACGAAGUUCUGGGUUGUAGUUACCAGUGUCUGUCUCUCUUGCACACCUACACAUAUACACAUUUUAUACUCUGGCGGAUGAGUGCACAGAGGUCAGAUUUUGCAACUUACAAGUGGAGAAUUUGCCAGGAUUGCAUCUCAAAGCAGCUGUAAUAUUAACAGACUUUGACUUAUAAUGGACUUUUAGGCAAAGAGCGCCCAUUUCUCAUUUUUCCAAUGUUAUUACCGGGAUUUGUGUUGUGCUGUUUUUUUUUAAUUUCUUUAAAGAGUUAUGCUUGUGUGUUCACAGAAUCCUGCAAUUCAGGCUUUUUUGUACACAUUAAUGUUUUUGUUCUUGAAGGAACCAAGAACGUUGGUAAAUUUGGGGGGGAAGAACACGGAGAUGCUGGGAGGUUACUGAGCUGUAAAUUAAAGUGUGCUUUUCCCUUUACCUGUCUACUUGCUUUCGCAAGCCUUGGAAGCGGAAAUGUAAUAGUUAAAUUUUAGCACAGAAACAAUUAGUAUGUAAUGUUUCCUUGUUCAAAAAAAAAGACAAAAAACCUCCAAUUUAUUUUUCUGUUUAUUUCUUCAGAAGCGCUCCAUGUAGUUUGGGGUUGGAUCUGCGUAGGUCAGUUUGUGUUUUCUCUGUCUCUGUAGUUAGUCCUUUUUGGACUGAUAGUAGCUUUCUUUACACUGAAUAGUUGAAAGUUCUGAAACAAAAAUAGAAUAAAACCCAUCCUGUCCUCUCCCACCCCCUCCCAACAGGACCGAGCUGGAAAGUGGUUACUUUCUGCUAAAGCCUUAGCUCCUAGAGGAAAUCAUUACUGAUGUGGUUGAAAAGUUUGUGUAAGAUUACUAUAUCAAAAUGUAUUUCUGAAUUACAUUAAACAUUUAACAAAACACUUUAUGUUACA